AGAAGAAGGAAGAGGAGGAAGACGACGAUGAAGAUCUUAACGACUCCAACUAUGACGAGUUUGCAGGCUACGGUGGCAGCCUGUUCAGCAAGGACCCCUACGACAAGGAUGAUGAGGAGGCAGAUGCCAUCUAUGAGGCCAUCGACCGCAGGAUGGACGAGAAACGCAAGGAAUACAGAGAGAUGAAGCUGCGGCGGGAACUGGAGCGCUACCGUCAAGAGAGACCCAAGAUCCAGCAGCAGUUCUCCGACCUAAAGAGAGACCUGGCACAAGUCACCGUAGAUGACUGGAAGACCAUCCCUGAAGUUGGCGAUGCCCGCAACAAGCGACAGCGGAACCCUCGCCCUGAAAAGUUCACACCCAUGCCAGACUCCAUCCUGUCCAAGGCAGGCAUUAGUUCGGAGUCUGUUACAACGAUUGAUCCACGUCAGCAGGCGUACGGAAGUGGCCUGACGACACCAUUCCCAGGCACUGCGACUCCUGGCUGGGCCACUCCGUCGGCUGACCUCGACUUGCGGAAGAUUGGCCAGGCUCGAAACACCCUCAUGGACAUCAAGCUCAACCAGGUGUCGGAUUCUGUCAGUGGCCAGACUGUAGUGGAUCCCAAGGGCUACCUGACCGACUUGCAGUCCAUGAUUCCCAGCCACGGGGCUGACAUAAGUGACAUCAAGAAGGCUCGGCUGCUGCUCAAGUCCGUCAGAGAGACCAACCCCAACCAUCCUCCGGCCUGGAUUGCCUCGGCACGUCUCGAAGAAGUGACGGGCAAGAUCCAGACGGCUAGGAACCUGAUCAUGAAGGGUGGCGAAAUGUGCCCCAACUCUGAGGACAUCUGGCUGGAAGCUGCUAGGCUACAGCCAACAGACCUGGCCAAGGCUGUGAUAGCACAGGCCGUGCGCCAGAUCCCCAACUCGGUGCGGCUCUGGAUCAAGGCUGCCGACCUGGAGAGCGAGCUGAAGGCCAAAAAGAGGGUCUUUCGCAAGGCCCUGGAGAGCAUUCCGAACUCUGUGCGGCUGUGGAAGGCAGCCGUGGAGCUUGAGGAACCGGAGGACGCCCGCAUUCUGCUCAGCCGUGCCGUCGAGUGUUGCCCCACCAGUGUCGAGCUGUGGCUGGCCCUGGCACGACUCGAGAGUUACGACAAUGCCCGCAAGGUGCUAAACAAAGCCCGAGAGAACAUUCCAACCGACCGGCAGAUUUGGAUCACAGCUGCAAAGCUGGAAGAGGCCAAUGGGAACACACACAUGGUUGAGAAGAUCAUUGAUCGAGCCAUCGCGUCCUUGCGUGCCAACGGUGUGGAGAUCAACCGUGAGCAGUGGUUCAAGGAUGCGGUGGAGUGUGAGAAGUCCCAGUCCAUCCUCACCUGCCAAGCCAUCAUCCGCACUGUGGUGGGCAUUGGUGUUGAGGACGAAGACCGCAAGCACACUUGGAUGGAGGAUGCUGAGGCGGUGGCUGCCCAAGGUGCCUUGGAGUGCGCCCGUGCCAUCUACGCGCAUGCCCUGUCCGUGUUUCCGAGCAAGAAGAGCAUCUGGCUCAGGGCUGCUUACUUCGAGAAGAGCAGCGGCACCAGGGAGACAUUGGAAGCCCUCCUGCAGCGAGCAGUGGCCCACUGUCCCAAGGCCGAGGUUCUCUGGCUCAUGGGAGCCAAGUCCAAAUGGAUGGCUGGCGACAUCCCAGCAGCUCGGAGCAUCCUGUCUCUAGCCUUCCAGGCCAAUCCGAACAGUGAGGAGAUCUGGCUGGCUGCCGUCAAGCUGGAAAGUGAGAACAAUGAGUUCGAGCGUGCACGUCGACUCCUUGCCAAAGCACGCUCCAGUGCCCCCACUGCCAGGGUGAUGAUGAAGUCUGUGCGGCUGGAGUGGGCGCUGAAGGACCUACAGCAGGCCCAGCAGCUGCUGGACGAGGGGCUGCGCUUGUACGCCGACUUCCCCAAGCUGUGGAUGAUGAAGGGGCAGAUUGAGCAGAGCCAGGGCCAGACCGAUCUGGCACGCAACACCUACAAUCAGGGGCUCAAGAAGUGUCCUACGUCAGUGCCCCUGUGGUUGCUGCUGUCUCGGCUGGAGGAGUCAACAGGUGCACUGACCAAGGCCCGCUCUGUGCUGGAGAAGGCCCGGCUGCGCAACCCUGGCUGUGCAGAGCUCUGGCUCGAGGCCGUGCGAAUCGAGGUCCGUGCUGGUUUCAAGGAGAUUGCUCAGAACCUCAUGGCUAAAGCCAUGCAGGAUUGCCCUGCCAGUGGCAUCCUGUGGGCCGAGGCCAUCUUCAUGGAGCCCCGUCCACAGCGCAAAACCAAGAGCGUGGAUGCACUCAAGCGCUGCGAGCAUGACGCCUAUGUCCUCCUGGCUGUCAGCAAGCUUUUCUGGACCGAACGCAAGACAAACAAAGUUCGAGAAUGGUUAAACCGUACCGUAAAGAUUGAGCCAGACCUGGGCGAUGCAUGGGCCUACUACUACAAGUUUGAACUUCUCCAUGGCAGUGAGGAGCAGCAAGAAGAGGUGAAAAGGCGGUGCGUGAUGGCAGAACCAAGGCACGGCCCAAACUGGUGUCGGGUGUCCAAAGACAUUGUCAACUGGCGGAAGAAGACCGAAGACAUUCUUGUCCUGGUGGCAAACGCUCUUCCAAUCCCAACGUAGCUGCAAGAAACAGAAUCCUUAGUUACAAUCUCUGUAGUGACAUCAUUGUUCUUUGAUUUUACCAUAACUUUAUUGUCGUGAGGCAUGCCAGUCAGCAAAAGAGUGUUACAAAGGCAUACGCUUCUCUGAAGGAAAAGUGCCCGUUGCCUCAGGUGUAAGUCCACACCAGUUCUUGUGCCCUUGAAUAAACUCAGCAGCCACUACGUGUAAAGAUUAAAUGAUGGUGGCUGCAAGAUUCGUAAUUCUCUUGCAUUCAAUGAGAGGUUAAAACACAUCGUCACAUUCACACUGUUUUUAUGCCCACAGUGUACCCUAAAAGUAUUUCUUUUCUGGUACUUGCACAGCUACACGUGAUAGAGAGACAAGAACAUUGCCAUCACAUUAGUGCAUAUACAGUUUACAAAACUUAUCAGACUAUUUGUACAUUGCUGUAAAAUGAGCCUAGACCACUGAGAGGCUUCAAUGAAAUAAAGAUGGUCUUACUCACUGCGUCUUGCU